UUGAAACCUGCCAUCAUUUGGAUUCGCCCACGGAGUAAUCAAGUCUAGACCAUCUGGGAAAUAUGGUUCUCGCAGCCGUGGGUCAAUUAUGUUCGACUGCGAGUCUGACAGCCAACCUGGCGCAAUGCCAGACGCUGGUCCGAAAGGCAGCUGCAGCUGGUGCAAAAGCGCUGUUCCUUCCCGAAGCCUCAGAUUAUAUUGGCUCAUCGCCUGCUGAAACGAUAUCUCUUGCACGGAGCGUGCAAGAUAGUGAAUUUGUCCUAGGUCUACAGAAGGAAGCUAAACAAGCCAAGCUUCAUAUCAAUGUUGGCAUUCAUGAACCAGCCUCGAAUGGCAGGACGAAGAACACACUCAUUUGGAUCGAUGACACCGGUGCCAUAACACAGCGCUACCAGAAAGUUCAUCUGUUCGACGUCGAUAUCAAAGGCGGGCCAGUAUUAAAAGAAAGCGCGAGUGUCGAAAAGGGCAUGGAGAUUCGGCCGCCUUUUGAAACGCCUAUUGGGCGCGUGGGCCUGUCUAUCUGUUUUGACCUGCGCUUUCCGGAGCUAAGUCUGGCUUUGAGACGACAAGACGCCCAGGUCAUUGUUUACCCAUCAGCCUUUACUGUCCCCACCGGUAGAGCACACUGGGAAACUCUCCUGAGGGCCAGAGCCAUCGAAACACAGUCAUAUGUGGUAGCAGCUGCACAGGCAGGGCCACACAAUGAGAAGCGGAUAAGCUAUGGCCACUCGAUGAUUGUGAAUCCUUGGGGAGAGGUGGUAGCGAAACUCGGGGAUGAAUACGAGGAGCCGCAAAUUGCUGUGGCUGACAUCGACCUGGACCUGCUCGCCAAGGUUCGGAGAGAGAUGCCCUUACUCAGACGUACAGACAUAUAUCCGCAGGUAUAGAGAAUCCCAGAAACAGUUGAGAUAGCCUUGCACCUGAUUCCCAGUCAUUUCGAGGUAUGAACGUGAUUGGUAUAUGAAAGAUAAUCGCACCCUCAAUUGAACGGAUUCUAGGGAC